UUGAUAAUAAAGCUUGAGAACGAGUGAGAAUGGAAGUGAUGUCGAGGCGAACGACGAAUUCGAAGUUGAAUCCAAACGCGCCUUUGUUUGUGCCGUGUGCGUAUCGGGCAGUGGAGGAUUUUUCCGAUCAAUGGUGGGAGCUUGUCCAAUCGACGGGGUGGUUCAGGGAUUACUGGCUACAGGAGUGCUUUGAAGAUCCCGAAUCGGUGUUCGAUUUCGACGAAAAUCACUUUGACGAGGCUGAACUCCCAGAAAUCGAAGCUCUCUUCGACGGUUACGACAAAAAAGGGGAGAAAGAUUCUCAGAGGGAUAUAGUGACUCUGGCGGGGUUGAAAUGGAGGAAGUCAAGAAGGUUUGCAGAAGGUCCGAGGUAUGCACAGAAGGCACCUGAGAUUGUGAACGUGAAGGUCUUUCCUCGCCCAAUUCAGCAGCCCCGGUAGAGAGUGUACUUUGCUGUAUAGAUUACAGAGGAUUUGGGGCUUUGUUGAUAUUUGAUUUCUUUGUUUGCUCACUCGCUUGUCCAUGGAUCAUCCUUUACUUUUCUUUGUAAUUUUGCUAACUUUUAAUUCCAGAA